GUCCGAAUAUUUCUAGAUAAACAUGAUGAUCGACAGAUUUGGACUUUUGGUUGAGUAAUGGGCGACGAGUACGAGCUCAACUGGGCCUAUAUCAUGAUGACAAGUCCUUUCUGUGAUGGAAGAUUAGACUAAGAUCAAUUUCAAUGAUGUCUGAACGUUCUAGUAAUGGUUCAUCAAGUGGCCGAUCCAGAGUCGAUAGGUCGUCAUCACAGCGGAACAGCAAUUCAUCUAUUUCUCAAUCUAAGAAAAAUCAAUUUGACCCAGGAGGCUUGAAAAGUGAUGGUGGCAUGGAUCAAGAAAAGACCAAUUUACCUCCUGACAAACAACAUGAAGAAAAGAUACCACCAGAAAAAACUAAAGAAGACUCACAUAGAAAGAACACUCAACCUGUAAGGUUGCUCUUGGUGUCAAAUAAGAUCAAGAACCAUGGUCCAGUAGUCAGUGCUGUCCUUCCACAUGUAAAAUUAGUGCAAUAUAAAUAUGAGACUGUUAAACUGGAAACAAUCAAAACAGAUAUUUCCCAGGCCCUGGAUGGAAAAAAGGCUGCAAGUAUUGCAUGUGUGCUACAUACAAAGCCAGGAACAAUCCUUUUAUGCUCUAGUGGAGAAUGCAGGGAGGUACUAACAUCUGGUAAUGGAUCAGACAACUGUAGUAAUGUCAAGGAAUUCUUCAGAUAUCUCACCUCCAAUCAUCUGGACAAAAAUUUGACUGGGGCCAGGAUAGAUUUCCUUGCUUGUAGUGCUCUCAGACCUCCAGAGAUAGGAAAACUUGUACCUUUGUUUGAAAGUGUUACUCAGGUACCAGUAGGUAUUUCCAAAGAAAUCCUUGGAACAGAUAUUCAGAUGAAGAGUAAUCCAAGAUUAUUCAAUUGUGUUGGAGAGAUGUAUUUUGAAGCUGAGAAAUUGAAGAAUUGGAGCCCUCAGCCUCAGAAGCUGGCUGGAUUUGAAAGAAUUAGAACUGUUGGCAAAGGUGCAUAUGGUGCUGCUGUACUAUACAGAAAGAAGGAUGAUGACUCACUUGUUAUCCUCAAAGAAAUUAACAUGCAUGAAUUAAAUGCAAAUGAAAGACAAAUGGCCCUUAAUGAGAUCCGGGUAUUGAGCAUGCUUGAUCAUCCUAAUAUCAUCAGUUACUAUGACAGCUUUGAAGAAGAAGGUACCCUUAUGAUUGAGAUGGAAUAUGCAGAUGGAGGGACUUUGGCCCAGUAUUUGGCUAGUAACCAGGGUAAAAGUGAGAUGGAAGAAAGGGAGAUUCUUAUUAUGUUUCAACAGAUGGUAUCAGGUAUCAGACAUGUUCAUGAUCACAAGGUUUUACACAGAGAUCUUAAAACAGCCAACAUCUUUCUCACAAAGGAGGGUGUUAUCAAGAUUGGUGACUUUGGUAUUUCUAAGGUCUUGACAUCUAAUAAUCCUGGAGCGAAUACUGUGCUUGGAACACCAUACUACAUCUCACCAGAAAUAUGUGAGGGGAAACCAUACAAUGAUAAAUCUGAUAUAUGGGCACUGGGUUGUAUCUUAUAUGAGAUGGCUUGCAGACAGAAGACAUUUGAAGGAACCAAUUUGCCUGCUCUGGUUAAUAAGAUCAUGAAGGGCCAAUUCACUCCUGUAAAGGGAAACUUUAGCCAAGAGUUCAAGUCUUUAGUACAAGAUAUGCUUCAGAGAGAACCAGAGUACAGACCCUCUGCUAAUGCUCUUCAUUUCAAUCAUAUCCCAAUGCUGAUGGAAAAGUUCAUUGAUCCCACGACAGAUGUAGAUGAUGAGUUGGCCACAUCAACAGAUAGUUCUCAUAGGAAAAGAACUAGGUCUGUGCUAUAUCAGAUUGAUACAUCCCUGCCAGGAAUUCCGCCUAUUCCUUUCAAAAUUGAAUUGCCUUCUAUACUAAAGAUAAGACAGGUUGCAGUAAGUAGCACUCACAUUACCCUUGUGACCUAUGAGAGAGUUGUGUAUAGUUGGGGUGAAGGGAGUAAAGGUCAGUUAGGUCAUGGUGACCUUGACCCAAGGAAGGUACCAACCUCUGUUGAAGCUCUCAAAGGAAAGUCAAUCACUAGAGUUGCUUGUGGAGCAGGAUUCAGUGUCUUUGGCAGUGAUAAUGGUAUAGUAAUGACAUGUGGGGAUGGUUCUACAGGUUGCCUAGGACAUGGUGAUUACCACAGUGCUUCAAGACCUCGUCUAAUCGAAACAUUGCUCAGUGUGGAUGUUACCAGUAUCUCAUGUGGCCCGGAGCAUGUUGUAGUAGUAGGUGUAGAUGGAGAAAUCUUUGCCUGGGGGAAGGGAAAAGAUGGAAGACUUGGACUUGGAGAUGAACAAGAUUUCUGUGAACCAAUAGAGGUGACAUUACGAGACCCUGUAUUCAUCCAAGAAGUCAAGUGUGGUGUUGAUGGUACAAUGUUUAUAACUGAUAUGGGCUGCUUGUUGGCUUGUGGCAGUAAUGCAUAUAACAAGCUUGGUCUCAACCAUAGACAAGGUUUCUUGGCUUCCAUGAAGAACAUGUUCACAAAGACUGAGGUAGAGGGGAGGAAAGUUCCCACAGCUGUCAAAGCUCUCAGCAAGUUCCGUGUGCUUGAUAUGGUAGUAGGUCCCCAUCACAGUGCAGUGGUUGUAGAGCCAGGUCUUGUCUACAUGUUUGGUAGAAACCAGCAUGGUCAACUUGGCUUUGGAAAUACCAAGCCCAGAGAAGCUCCAGCUCAAGUUCAAACUAUGGCUGAUAAAUUCAUAUCAACUGUUUCUUGUGGAGAAGACUACACAGUAGCAGGAGCCACUGAUAACUUCCUUUAUCUGUGGGGCAAAGGAUGGUUGACUUCAGAUCCAGGUAAUGACAGCACUCAGAGCAGCCUUGACCUCAGCCAGGCCAAAGGUCAAGAGGCCAACAAUGGUCAUAGGUCACUUGGAUCAACAGGCAGUCUGAAGAUUCCAAUGGAUGUUAUUAUGGAAUCCACAAAAGAUGAUGUGGAAAAAGCUGAUUCUGCCUCACCAGCUGAAGAUUCCUCUACACUGAGUGUUGCAACCACUCCUAGAGCAGAAGUUGUAAAGAGUGCACCAGUAGGAGGAAGACAGAAGCGUCCUAAUAGUACAGACAGUGUGUUUCUUCCAAAUGGAGAUAAAUCGGCCUAUAGUGCUUCACCAGAUGCAAGAAUAACAGUAAUUUGUGCUGACUCGGUCAUUGCAUGCAUGCAAACUGCUACACCCCAAGUCUGGCCUAAAGAAGAACCUAUAACUGAACAGGCACUACAAAGUGCCAUCAAAUCUGGUGGAUCAGGUGGUGGUCAUCGUCGUCACAUGACUAGUGCUACUAGUCAGAUGAGUAAUGAUAGUAUAGAGAGGUCUGAACUCUUCCUUCAGCCAACUCCUAUAUUAAAGCUUGGUUCCGAGAGUAAUGAUGAAUCAUAUGAACUCAGUCUAAGUCAAGUGUUCUGCCAAGGAGAAAACAUAUUUGUUCAAUUGGAAACCAGCUGUCCUCUGCCAAGGAAGAAAUCCAAGAGAAAGAGAAGAAAUUUCCUCAGGAAACUGAGUAAUAACAGCCUUCUGAAUUCUGCUGAAAGUACUGGUCAACCAUCUAAUCUUAGUAAUGAUGCAGGGGAUGAAUAUACCAGCUCAGAAGCAUCAGAACUUGAUACACAAGGAAAUAUCCCAACCUGGUUACAGAAGGAAUUGAAGGAUUCUUUAGAUGCUGCUGUUGAUGAGAAUGAUGCAGAUGAUAGUGAGGAAGAUCAAGGUCAUCCAGAUGAAACCAAGACUAAAGAUGAGAAAGGGGCUAAACAAGCAGUUCACCUCAAUGCCAAAGAAAUCAAAGCAUACUUCAGGGCUUUAAAAGAUCAAAGUAGGAAACCUGAUCAGAUUACCAGAAGAGACAGUAAUACAAAGAGAGGAUUUGAAGGUCAGAAUAUCCCAGUGUUGGUUAAGAAAGCUUCCGGUGAGAUGCAGGUCAUCACAUCACCAGAGAGUGGAAUAGACUUUAAAACAGAUCCUGUGUCCAGUGAUUCAGGCUCAGAACUAAGGCAACCUAAAGAUAGAAUACCUGAAGAGCCUACAAAACAAGGAAAGAAGUUUGCUUAUGUGGCCACAGCUGCUAUGCAUGCAAGUAAAGUAAGUCCAUACAAACAGCAGAAACCACCAGUACCAGGUGCUCCUCGACCACUCAACAGAUUGCGGAUGGCUAGAGGCAGAGCUAGAACAAGUUCAUGGACCAUAGAGGGUCUGCUGAAAGACAAUCCCAAGAAGCCUGGAGAAGGAAGUAAAGAAAUGAAAUUACAACAGGAACUACAUAGACUACAAGAGGAAAAAGAGAAAACUGAAGCACAACUCAGAAAGCUAGAAGAUGAGAAAAAUAAACAAAUGGAAGAGAUUGAAGAGAAGGCUAAUGAAGCAGCUAAGGAACGUGAGCAAAUCUUAAAAGGUGAAAUCAGCCUACUACGUAAUGAGCUAGUAGACCAGAGUCAUAAGAUGGCUGAUAACAACAAGAUGAUGCUUAAUCUUCAAGAACAACUGAUGAACCUUCAGUCUGAACAGCUGAGGUUGAGCGCCAGAGAGAAAAGAGUCACUUCUAGUGUGACACCAAGAGGAAAGCCAACUUCUCAACAGAGCAAAAUAUGUACACUCAGUUGAUUUGUAGGAUUUCUUUUUUAUCAGAAAACUCUGAGUCAUCUGCAUGAAGAGCUUGACAGUGUUCCGGUAUACAGGUAGACUAGAGUUGAUUGAUUAUGGAUAGUUCAUAAUAUGGCUAUCGUUUGCAAGGUCCUCGGCCUUCAGGGGGUGUUGCAAGAAAAUAUUUGCAAUUGAUUGCCAACUUCAGUCGCAAAUUUGCAAGUGAUGGAUCAAUUUUUAACUACAUCAAUCCAAUUUAUACUUGUUGAUGGAAGAAAAAGAGCAACUGCAAGCAUUAUGAUUGAUUUCAAGGCUCAUAAUAGAUAUGUGAUUGAUUGCAAGCUUUAUGAUUGAUUUCAAGGCUCAGAAUAGACAUGUGAUUGAUUGCAAGUAUUACGAUUGAUUUCAAGGCUCAGAAUAGACAUGUGAUUAAUUGUAAGUUUAUUGGAACACCCUAUUGGUCAAUGAACAAGAAAUGUUGCAGGAAACUAGAAGGUAUUUCACAAAUGUUCUGCUUAGACAGCUACUCCACCUCCAGCCUAUUGCAGUUAAUUGAUGGAGCGAUGAUACCAUCUUAAAGUCAUCCUUGAUAAUUUAAGUUUGAUUGAGCAUUAUAAGCAGGAAGAUACAACUCUAGACAGGAGCAUAUGAUCUUAUUGCUGAUAUUGUUGAUGGAGUAUCAAUUGAAUUUUUUUCACAGAAACUACACUCUAUAUGUAUGAUUUGAAGUGGAUUUCCAUCAAACAAACAAAAACUAGAUGAAAUAAUAGAACUUUCGUUAUAUCAUGAAAUGGUGCAUUAUCUAUGUUUCAAGACUAAUUUCAACUGUUACCUUGUAAUUGAAUUGACAACAUCUCUUAAGACUUGAACUUUAAACCUGUUGACAUCACUGUAAAGUGGUUGAGUAUUUGGGCCAUUAUGCUCACAUCAAAUUCACUUUUUAUCAUUGCAGUGGGAUGAGUUACAUUUAUACCUCAGACAAAUACUUGGAUGUUCACUUUACUGGGUUAUUUUGGUCAAUCUUUGCAAAUUGUAUUUCUUUUACCACAAAAACUACAAGUUAGUAUACAAUAGAAAUUCCUAAAAUAACUAUUUUACAAUUAUUAUGAAUAAGAUAUGCAAAUUUAUUCAUGAAAAAAAAUUUGCAUUUUUGACACCAAGUUCCACUUGUGACUUUCAUUCUUUUCAAGGUGUCAUAUUUGUCAUCUUAUUUCUAGAUUUUGCAAAGGAAAAUUGCGAAAGCUAACUUUUUAUACGCCCUUCUAGACGUGACGUAUUAUGGUACCACGCUCAGUGUCCGUCCGUCUGUCAACUUUUCCUUGUAAACCCGAUAACUUCAAUUUAACUUAAGCUAGGCUCAUAUAAUUUGGUGUGUGCAAUACUUGCAUGGAUCCCACGAAGCCUUUUGAUUUUGAGGUCAAAAGGUCAAGGUCACAGUAAUAUGUUUCCAUCUUACCCUUCUGCAGUCCUUGUAAACGAGAUAACUUCAGUUUUCGUAGAGGCUCAUAUGAUUUGGUGUGUAUGAAACUAGCAUGGAUCCAAGGAAGCCUAUGAUUUUUAGGUCAAAAGGUCAAGGUCACAGUGACAUGUUUUUAUCGUACCCUUCUGAAGUCCUUGUAAACGCGAUAACUUCAGUUUACCGUAACCUAGGCUCAUAUUAUUUGGUGUGUAUGAAACUAGCAUGGAUCCAAGGAAGCCUAUUGAUUUUGAGGUCAAAAGGUCAGGGUACAGUGACAUGUUUUCAUCUUACCCUCCUGCAGAUCUUGUAAACGCGAUAACUUCAGUUUACCUUAACCUAGGGUCAUAUGAUUUGGCGUGUAUGAAACUAGCAUAGAUCCAAGGAAGCCUAUUGAUUUUUAGGUCAAAAGGUCAUGGUCACAGUGACAUGUUUUCAUCUUACCCUUCUGCAGUCCUUGUAAACACGAUAACUUUAGUUUAACUUAACCUAGGCUAAUAUGUAUGAUACAAGCAUGGAUCCCAGGAAUCCUUUUGAUUUUGAGGUCAAAAGGUCAAAGGUCAAGAUCACAGUGACAUGUGUUCAUCUUACCCUUCUGAAGUCCUUGUAAACGCGAUAACUUUGAGUUUAACUUAACCAGGGCUCGUAUUAUUUGGUGUGUAUGAUACUAGCAUGGAUCCCAGGAAGCCUUUUGAUUUUGAGGUUCAAAGGUCAAGGGUCAAGAUCACAGUGACAUGUGUUCAUCUUACCCUUCUGAAGUUUUUGUAAACGCGAUAACUUCAGUUUAACUUAACCUAUGCUCAUAAUUUGGUGUGUAUGAUACUAGCAUGGAUCCCAGGAAGCCUUUUUAUUUUGAGGUCAAAAAGUCAAAGGUCAAGAUCACAGUGACAUGUUUUCAUCUUACCCUUCUGAAGUUCUUGUAAACGCGAUAACUUUAGUUCAACUUAACCUAGGCUCAUAUAAUUUGGUGUGUAUGAUACUAGCAUGGAUCCCAGAAAACCUAUUGAUUUUGAGGUAAAAGUUCAAGAUCACAGUGACAUGUUUUCAUCUUACCCUUCGGAAGUCCUUGUUAAUGCAAUAACUUUAGUUUAACUAAACCUAUAGGCUCAUAUAAUUUGGUGUGCAUGGUACUAGCAUAGAUCCCAGGAAUGAUAUUGAUUUUUAGGUCAGAAGGUCAAAGGUGGAGUUGCCACCCUCCACUUUUCUUGCUUGACCAAUAACUCCAUUUUCCACGUUACAGGCUGGCGUAUUAUUUGCUCGCCUUAGCUACAUUCUGUAUUUCUUUGUUUUUAGAAUUUCUUAUAUAUUUCUAUGGUUUUUCCUCCUUUUUUCAUUGUUUUUGCAAUGAAAAUUAUUACAGAAUAUCUUACAAUUGAAUUUAACAAUAAAUCAAGUAAGCACACCAAUUAGAAUGAAAAUAAUUUAAUCUCCCAUUGUGGUAUGAAAAUAGCCAUUGUCUUGUAAAGAGUGGUGUUGCAAAUUUGAUCUCUAAAGUUCAAAAGAAAAAAAUCAAUAAAAUUUUGCUUCGGUAUCUUUAUGCAUUCCGAAAAAUCAUGCAAAGCAUGGAAGGAGGCCAUGAUCCCUCCCCCUGUUCUAGUAUACUUAACCCAUGAUCCCUCCCCCUGUUCUAGUAUACUUAACCCAUGAUCCCUCCCCCUGUUCUAGUAUACUUAACCCAUGAUCCCUCCCCCUGUUCUAGUAUACUUAACAUGUAAUACAUGUAAUAGUCUGCACAAAACAAAGAGAGGUUAGUACAGAAAGUAAUUCCAGUAUUACCAAACAUUUUGAUGUUUUUACAUGAUUUUUUUUUAUACGGGAAACAUUGAAUUAAGCAUAUUCAAUAUUGAGAAAGGUACUAGUAAU